AUGGAAACCAAGGAGUCAGCAGAACGGUGUGAUGACACAGACUUCGUCCUGUACGAACCACAAUACUCCAACCACAUUUUAGAUAGCCUGAAUAAUUUCCGGAAAGCGGGAUGCCUGACGGACACUGUAAUCAGCACAGGGGGAAAGGAAUUUCCCUGUCAUAGAGCAGUGCUGGCAUGCAGCAGUCCUUAUUUUAAGGCCAUGUUCUCAGCUGAAAUGAAGGAAACUCAAGAAGGCCGCAUCACACUGGAUAACGUCAGAGCCGAAACUCUUGAACUCUUAUUGGAGUAUGCGUAUACGUCCAAAAUUACGAUUAACUCGGCAAACUCACAGGAGUUACUUGAAAUGGCUGACCUGCUGCAAUAUAAAACCAUUGUACAAGCUGCAAGUGAAUAUCUCGAAAGACAGCUUCAUCCUGAUAACUGCCUCGGUAUUAAGUACGUUGCUGAGAUGCAUGCGUGCACCAGGCUUUAUGAGCGUGCCAGUGCGUAUGCCUUAGACAGAUUUCCACAAGUUGUGAAAAACGAGGAGUUUUUGCAGUUGCCCUUGUUCGAAGUUGUUGCUUAUCUCAGUCAUGAACGAAUAAAUGUCCGCGAUGAAGAGACUGUCUUCGACGCCGCUAUAAGCUGGGUGAAGUAUGAGCUUAAGAAACGACUGCCCAAAUUACUCGUAGUUCUACAGUGCAUUCGCCUGCCAUAUUUGACACCAGCUUUCCUGUGUAGUAUCUUAAAGAAUCCACUUUUCAAGCAACAGUCGUCAUGUUUUGAUGUUAUACAACAAGCCAUGCAUUUACAGGAAUAUUUACAAAGUAACGAAACUAAUAUUUACCACGUGGGUCACCAGCCGCGGUGGUCCACGAAAACGGAAGUAAUGGUUGUCGUAGGUGGUUUUGAUGCGAAUCACACGUGGGUGUCGGACGUCCACUACUACAAUCCAGUAAAUAAAAAGUGGGGGAAGUUUGCUCCAUUUCCAGCCGAUAUCAGUGGUUAUAAAGUUGUAGCAUUAGACGAAGAUAUUUACGUAACUGGCGGUAAGAGUUCGAGAGGAGUGACUGGUGCGGCAUUUUGCUACCACUCUGCUCAAGAUCAGUGGAACCAGGUUCCAGGUCUGCACAUCCCCAGACAAUACCAUGGAAUAGUUGUACUGGAUAGUUCCAUUUAUGUGGUAGGUGGAGAAGACGGUGAUGGGAGAUGCAUUGGUGAUGUGGAAUGUUAUCACCCGUCAAUGGAAAACUGGGGUUGGGUGCCUCAACUACCAACUGCUGUCGGAAACCCUGCUGUGGUUUCUCAUUCCGGAAAGAUGUACGUCAUCGGGGGCUACUGCAAUGGUCAGCUUACUUACAGAGAAAUGCAAUGCUACAACCUUGAUAUAGAUACAUGGACUGUCAUCAAUACAGUCACCAUAACAACCAGGCAUUUCCCAGCGCUCGUGCUCAAUGAUUCAAUUUACCUUCUGAGCGGGGCAGGUAAAGGUGGUAUGCAGAUCUACAACCCUGAAACAAAUACAUGCGGUCGGAAUUCCGAAAUGUGUCUGCUGGAACGACACCUGUUUGCUGUCUGUGUAAUGAAUGGAAUGAUUUAUGUUGCAGGGGGUAUGGUUAACUAUAAGGCUCUCGGAAGUGUUGAAAUGUACGACCCAAGUACGAAUACCUGGAAGAUAGUUGGAUGCAUGCCAAAACCGCUGAGAGCUCACGGCUGCUGUGCCUCUAUCAGAAGGUAUAGUGGACCGCCUUUUAUAACCUGA